UACCCAUUACACCCUGUCAAGGGGUUGAGACAUACAUCACUACGUAAGCCGUCAUUUUCAAACAUAAACAAUAGCAGCAACAUCAACGCUUGUCCAGCACCUCCACCCACACCACACUGUGUUUGCAACACUAACACUGUCACAGCAACAACAACAUUAGCCGGAACAGGAGCAGCAACAUCUGCAGUUGGGGCUAUAACAAAUACAGACCUUUUCAAUCCAACAUCCACAUCAGGUUUAUCAUUAACAAAUUCCCACAUUAAUCAACAGCAAAUAAAUUACUUUGAAUUUCCACCGAAAGCAUCAUUACUAGUCCAUUCACCCCUUUCGUCGUUAUCUGCACCAUCGCUGGCCACAACAACAGUCGUUGCCUUAGCAGCUGCUACAGCAUCAAAUUCAAGUACCGGUUCUUGUACUAACACCUCAUUUUCUACCGGUGCAACAGGCUGUGUAUCUGCUAAUAAUUCACCUAAAAGUAUCUAUCAUUAUCAACAUCAUUCGCAUACACAUACACAUUUACAGCAACAUCACCAUCAUCGUCAGCAACAAAAACAACAAGAGCUGCAACAUCAAUUGCAUUAUAUAUCACCACCGUUACAAUCGCCACCACCUUCAGUAAAACUGCCAUCACCGUCAGCACCCCCUACACCCACCGCUACGCAGUUAACUUCUCAUACAAUUGCCAUGGGCCGUAGAGAGAUUAAACGUUCAAACACUAGUGGCUCAACCACCAAAUCCUACGAUAGUGGCAGUGCUACAACAAAUUUUGUGGGAAAAUUUACCCAAAGUGUUCGACGUAUUGUUCAAGAUGUCAAAGAUGAAGGAGCCCCCAGUGGCAUGAGCCGUGAGGAAGUUAUAGAAACCAAUGAGAGAUUAAGAAAUUUACGCAUACGUUUGGAAGAGUCCUACGAUACUGCCAAGCAGGCUUUAAUAAAUCUCAUGAAUAAAUAUGGCGAUUCGAAAAGUCAACGUAAUGUUUUCCAGCGUUAUCCCAUGCUCAAGUUAAUGAUUAAGGAUGUCAUACGCCUGGAAACACAAUAUUGGGCUUUAGUUGAUAUACCUCGACAGGAAAAGCAAGAAACCGUACCCUCAUAUGUUAUGCGCGCUUGCUCGAUUAUGGAAAAAACUCAAAAAUCUGGUGAGGGCGUGAAAACCUCAGCGAAAUUGGCCGAGGAGGCAGCAGAGAAGCGAGAACGUAUGGAAAGAUUGGAGCAUUUAACUACCGCACAAAUCGAACUAGAAAACACACAACUAAUUAACGAUUUAUAUAGAUUAUUAAAAAAGUAUUUAGGUCUGAGACAUUUAAUAAGAGUUUUAAAGGAAGAAUAUGGAAGUUCAAAAUUAUAUCCCAUAUUUCCACGUUACACCAUGCUCAAGGAUAUGAUAAAAGGAAUAAUGCACGAUCCAGAUAUGUAUGUUAAGUUAUUAUCAACAUCAUCAUCAUCAGCAGCAACAAUAACAACAUUAACAUCCUUUAAAUCCUACAGUAUAACAACAACAAAAUAGAGAUUUACAAAAAUACUACAACAACAAGAA